UGCAGCUAGCCGGCAUCCCGGGAGCAGAACAGCCGCCGCCGCCAUGUUCUCCGGCAGCGUGCUGCUGCCUGGCGGCGAUGCAACGGGCGACUGCACGCUGCGCACCUUGGAUGGCGGCUCGUUCGAGGCGCAGCGUGCUUACCUGUCCACCGUCAGCCCGUACUUCGCGGCGGUGUUCCGCGAGCAGUUCGGCGCCCAGAGGGACGUCGUCGUCAGCGGGGUCAGCGCCGCUGUGCUCGACGCUCUCCUGACGUUCCAGUACACAGACCAGCUAUGCGUGAAUGCUCACAACAUCCUGGAGGUACUGCGGGCGGCCGACAUGCUCCUGCUGGAAGAAGCUCGAAAACAGUGUCUAAUGCUGCUGCUGAAGACGAUGGGGAUCAACAACUGUCUGGGCCUGGCCACCCUCACACGCCAGUACUACUUCCCGAACUUCUCGGAUACCGUGUUCGCCUUCUUGCGCGGGAACUUUGAUGAGAUCUGGCAGCGCAGCGAGGAGUUCCCGGACACGCCCGCAUGGCUCAUGUAUGAUCUCCUCUCGUCGCCGGAGCUGAAUGUUGAGCGCGAAGAGAACGUGCUUCACGCCAUAGCAAAAUGGUGGACGUCAGGCUCAUCAGCCGCAGCGCCCGACGCCAACGUGUUGCUGCAGCUGCUUCAGUGUGUGCGCAUUGGCCGAUGCGGCAAAGAGGCCUUGGACCAGUUUGCCACUCGGUGGCCUUUGCUGGUCGACGGAGCCCAGUACCAGGCGGCGAUCGUGCAGGCCUUGAGAAUAGGUCCCUGCAUGUGCACGCCCAACAAGCUGCUGCGCGCACUGACUGAACCAGAAAACCCACCACAGCCGGCUCCUCCAGCAAACAUGGCUCCGAAUCCGGCGGUGGCAGCCGGCAUGGCUGUCAACGAGGCCGGCAACCCAGUAAUCGCUCAAAUGGCUUUUUUCAAUGCACCUGUGAUGUUCGGACAGCCAAACCCGCUAAUAAACCCGGCAGCAAUGGCUGUACCAGCCGCGGAGCAAGAGCCCGAACCAGAAUACGUGCCCAUGGAUCUGAGGCAGGCGAGCUGUGAGCAGUGCGGCCUUACGAACCCCGAGCGCUGGCUGCCACGGUUGCCGAGUGAGUUGAUCGUCGUGUUCGGCGGCUGGAGUAACGGCCAGCCCCGAGCCACCAUUGAGACGUACGACCCGCGUGUCAACCGGUGGUUUCAGCACAAGGACGCAGACUUUACUGCAAGAGCCUACCACGGCGUGGUGCUGUUCCGGCGGCGCCUAUACGUUCUGGGCGGCAUGAAACUGCGCCUGUACCUGCGCUCAAUCGAAAGCUACGACCUGGACCGCGGCCAGUGGAACCACCACUCGCCGAUGCACGUGCCGCGGGCUUACGUGGCUGCGGCGGCGCUCGGAGAGCACAUCUACGCCAUGGGUGGCCACACCGGCGUCGAGCGCACGUCAACUGUGGAGCGAUACAGCGUCCGUACAAACCAGUGGACCAUGGUUGCGCGUAUGAUGAGACGACGAAGCGACGGCGCGGCCUGUGCUUUCAAAGGUCGGCUCUACAUUAGCGGCGGCUUCAACGGCCGUAAAGUACUCGAGAGCGUGGAGGAGUACAAUCCAUCGCUGGACGCAUGGUCACUGGUGCGACCGCUGCCCUAUCCUCGCUGCAGCCACCGCAUGUUCAACCACGGCGGCCGGCUAUACGUCAUUGGGGGCUUCGACGGACGCCGCCGGCUGCACACAGUGCUCAAAAGCGACGAAAACCUUCCACUGAGGUGGCACAAGGCACCAUCGCUGAACUGCGCCCGCAGCACGUUUGGCGUGGCGACGCUCGGAGACGUCAUCUACGUCAUUGGCGGCUUCAACGUGCUCCGAAGCGACGAAAGCCUUCCACUCAAAUGGCACAAGGCACCUCCACUGACCUGCGCCCGCAGCACGUGCGCCGUGGCGACGCUUGGAGGUGUCAUCUAUGUCAUUGGCGGCUUCAACGGGACGGCAAUUGUGGCGGACGUGGAGUGCUACACGCCGGGAGACACGAGCUGGAAGAAGGCCAAGCCACUCAAAGUGCCUGUUACCGGGAUGUCUGCGGUCGUUCUCAGCGGUAUCAAUGUGACGCGAAAGUUCUCCGCCCGGGGGGCUUUGCUGCCGCCUGUGAAUCCACAGGCUUCCUGACAAGUCGCACCGGAGCAACCGCGUGUAUCACACGACAGCACAACACUGGCGCUUACGCGUAACAGCG